CGAGGCAGUGGACUGAUCAUACAGAGAUGAGAAAACAUGUUGAUGUUUAGUAUGUUAACUCUAUUUUAGACAGCGCCGUUGCUAUUACUGCUCUUGCUGCUGCUGGGAGGUUUUUCAUGAACAAUGCUGGAUCCAUAUGCAACGUCUAUGUUCAGGAGCUGUUUCCCACCUCUGUUAGACAAACGGCCACAGGCUUGGGCUCAAUAGCGAUCAGAAUUGCUGGAAUACUGUCUCCAAUGCUCAACAUAUUGGCCACAUACCAUUGGUCUAUCCCCACGAUCGUGUUCAGCAGCCUGUCAUUGGUUGGUGGGGCUCUGGUCUUUCUGCUUCCUGAGACCAGGAGGACAGAACUACCUGACUCUACAGAUGAGGCCGAGGGGAAGAGAAAUGUGACUAUCGCCAUGAAGAUAGACAAAGGCUGCAAAGUGGAUGAUUACGACUCUGAAAAAUCUACCAAACUAUAAAGUCAUGUUUGUGUAAGUCUUUUUUCUGGGUAAAUUUAUUUUCAAGGCUUAGUUAGUAAGACAGUUGGCUGGUGCAUGGUUGUUGUAACACCAAGGCUUUGAAUUUGAUUCCUGGAUGGGCCACAUAACUUGCUGUUUUUAACUUUGGCUUAUAGAAUUUUUAAAAAUGACUUUACUCUUUUUGUAACUCUUAUCACUAGCUAAAUGGAUCAGAAACAUACGAUAAAAGUGUCUACUAAAUUAACAUAUUAUUAUUAUAUUUGUAUUUAAAUACAUUCGCAGUGUAUCAAGGAAUCUAAUGAUAUAUACACCGUUACUUAAAUUUGUAUAAAUAAAACGGAUUAUCACCGAUGUUUCCCAA